GAUCUAUGUAUAGUGAAUCGCUGCAUGCUCCCGCAAGGGCGGUAGGUAUAUAUAGAUUGAUACAUAAUCUUGGACGAACGAAAAUAGCCUCACAUCGUCCCAUUUUCACUCUACGGCUACUUGCUAUUUUUUUUGUUUUCCUGCGGACUUGACUGUUGAAAUGAUCCUCCUUAUCGGCUUGCUGCAGCGAAAUGGGGUUUCACAUACAUAUAACCUAGAAAGAAAAAAGCCCUUACAUGUUUCCUUUCCUUUCGUCCUUGUUUUUUUUUUUUAUGCAACUCUUUGCUUUCGAACGCCAGCCUACUGCAUUUGCAAGCCGCCUCUCCGCGUACAUCGCUCUCUUAUUCGCUGGGGCGCUUUUCAUAAUUCGUCAUUCAAGACAAUACGCGGGAUAUUCUUCCCAAAGUGCUAUUUUAAGGGGCUGGGAAUUCUUUUCUUCCUGUCCUUUCCUGCAGGUAGCCGCAGAGGCGCCUAGGCAGAGGUAGGCAUUCUCGGGCGAGAUUUAAUAAAUUGGGCUUGUGUAAGCGGAUUGCGUGUACCUUUAGGCAGGCAAGUAGGCAAGUAUAAGGUAUAUCAGACCAGGUCGAAUGAUUUUUUUUUUUUUUUGCGCUUUCUACCCAGCCAAGAGAAAGAGAGAAAAUUUGCUCUUUUCAGAUAUUUGGUGGAGGCAAGGGGCAAGAGAAGAAGGAAUGUGCCGAGACCUAGCAUCUCUUCGCGGACAUAUCUCCGUUCCAUGUAUGAGGCUUUCCUAGCCUUCUUUUUUGCUCGCUCGUCAUGAUUUGUUAAUUGCUUCCUCUGACGAAUUGUGAAAAGGGGUAUGUGGAGCUUGAUUCUUAUGAUAAGUAACGCCAGACGCUUGACUCAAGCUGAAUAAAUACAUUACUAAUGAUA